AUGCUUAACUUCACUGGACAAACGAAGAAAAGAACGGUCAAUCUAGGCGACCGCCGUGCUCCUCCUCGGGGACGGAACUUUCUAGAACAAACCAAGCUACAGCGGCAGCAGCGAGAAGAUCAGAGAAACAGAGAACGCAGUGCUGCUUUGAUCCAGCGGUACAUCAGAAGGUGGCAAGAGCUCCACACGAUCCUGGAGAAUUUCGUCAAGGAGUGGCAAGAUAACGGCAAUUGGCAACGUUACGCUUUUGAGUUUGGUCUAUACUCGAGAUUCUGCUCCAGGGACGCUCCAGUCGACCAGGUGUUACUGAGGCUAGUACAGGGUCUGAGAGGCCAAUUGAAUGAAAGAAGCGUUCGUGCCACGUAUGCGCUGAUCAAUCGUUUGCUUUCGAGAGAGAAAGUGAGAGAACAGCUUGCGGAAGACUUGUACAAGUUGCUUCUUGAGUAUGGGUCUAGUGGUCCUUCCGAGGCCGUGAGAGGGAUCAUUCGAAAACUCCAGGCUGUGGGAACAACCACUGCUACAAAAUGCAUAUUCCUCGUCAAUUCCGCUGACCCGGAUGGCCAAUUCCUUUCGUCUCUUGCUGGCUUCCAUCCCACAUCCUCAGAUCCCGAGUUAGCUCUGGUUAGCUGCUCGGCUGUGUUGGCCACAGACCCCUCUGUCCUCCAGGGGCUUUCAAACCACGAUAAGAUUACUCUCUUGGCAAACACUAUCAAGCUUCAGGGCCAAAAUGUCCUUCUGCCAGAAGGGUACCAGGUCCAUGCAAAAAUCCUCUCCACUAUGGCCACAAUAUCUUUGACUACAGAGGAACCAGACGAAGACGAGUUUGACCGUACACAAAAGCACACGCUUAUUUCCAGAGAAACGAUGGACUCCAUUCUCGAGCUCUACACAUCCAACUACGUAUCCCUUGUUAUGAACCAGCUUGUUAGUGUGGAUGUGGGAGGCUUUGACGCCAACGUUGCCAUGCAAACAAUCGCUACAUUAAUGCAUCUCGUACAGCCACCAACAAAGCUAUGCAUGCUCAUUACCAUUACUCCAGGAUCCCAUAAGCGAUUCUUCCAAGAGCUUAGAAGAGAUCCCAUCUUUCAGCAUUUCUCACAGGCUGAGGCGACUAAGGACUACCUUCUGGGAGACGAUAUCGAGCAGUCCCGAGACUUGCUCAGCAAUAGUAUGUUCUGGAACACGCUAUACACAUUCCAAGAGAUCAUGUCAUACUGGCUUUUUGUGAGCAACGACUUGGAGUCUUUCAGCGAGGACAAGAUUUCCAAGAGUGAAGCUGUUGUGCUUUCAAAAUUCUUGAAGAUCUUGUCGCUCACGCUUAUCUUCAAUACCAACAAGCCAGACCCAGCAAAGGUUUUCGGUGACCUUUCGAAGCUCAAGGCAUCCUCGUUAAGUUUGCUCAAUCUGAUAUAUUUCAAGAACCUACGCAUCAAGUUUCUUCCAGAUGAUCUCUGGAAACUCAAGAAUCUCAAUUUUGACAUUGACGGUAUGAUUGUGCUUGUCCUUGACGACCAAAAGAACGAAACUCAUGAAGAAGACUAUGAUUCGGAUUCUGAGCACGCAGCUCCCGUUCGGUCCAAACGUACUAACGAUGCAAUUGCCAAGUUGGAAGUUUUGGAUAAGGUUUCGUAUUUCAUCGACUUCAAGGACCGUGUGAAAGUGUUUCAGAGCAUUAUCGAGAGUGAUCGUCAGAGCUUGGCAACGAGCAGCACGUUCGGAUUCUUCAUGGAGAACCAACCACUGCGAUAUGAAGCAGACAUCUCAAGAGGGUCUGUUCUCGAGGACGCAUUCAAAAACUUCUAUCAUUUGGGGCACAAGUUCAAGGAGAAGAUCUCGGUCACAUUUCACAGUGAACACGGCCCAGAGGCUGGUAUCGACGGAGGCGGUAUAACCAAAGAGUUUUUGACCUCUGUGGCCAUGGAAGGUUUUGACCCAAAUCUGAAGCAGGCUUUGUUCAAGGAGACUCCCUCAAACUACGAGCUCUACCCAAACGACGACAUCUACAUGAGCGUGCAUGAAAAGCUUGACUUGAAGCGGCAACAAGAAAGGCUACUUUACAUUCAAUUCCUCGGUAUGACGAUCGGAAAGUGCUUCUACGAGAAUGUGUUGAUAGACAUCGAGUUUGCACCUUUCUUCCUUACCAAGUGGACGACCGCCCUCAGUGCAUCUAAGAACUCUGUCAAUGAUCUCCAGUAUCUCGACACCGAGCUCUACCACAACCUCAUGAAGUUGCUUGAGAUGAGCGAGAGCGAGAUCAAGGCAUUGGAUUUGAAUUUCACCAUCAACGAGGUUGUUCAGGGCAAGGUUGUGCGUUUUGAUCUACAACCUCCACAUGGAGAGUCGGUCAGUGUCACAACCACCAACCGACUCAACUACAUUCACGAGGUGGCCAACUUCAAACUAAACCAGUGUCUAUAUCUCCCUUCGAAGCACUUCUUGGAAGGUCUUCACAGAAUCAUCGACCGCAAGUGGCUUAACAUGUUCGAUCCCUACGAGUUACAAAUGUUGAUCAGCGGAGGAGAAAAUACAGUGAAUCUCGAGGACUGGAAGAACAAUGUCAGCUAUGGUGGGUACUUUGAUGACGAUAUCACGGUGAAGUAUUUCUGGGAGGUCGUCGAGGAAAUGGAUUCCAAGGAGCGUGGACGUCUCAUCAAAUUUGUCACUUCUGUUUCCAAAGCACCACUUCUCGGAUUUGGCUCUUUGACACCCAGAUUCGGCAUUCGCAAUAGUGGACGGUACCCCGAUAGGCUUCCGACCGCGUCUACAUGCGUAAAUCUUCUCAAGCUUCCAGACUACCAAGACAAAAAACUAGUGAGGGAGAAACUCCUCUACGCCAUCAAUGUCGACUCCGAGGAAGUCAAGGACGAGGACCUAGACGAAGAAAACAAGACGCUUACGAAAGAUAAGAAAAGAUUGAUACAACAGCAGAAGAAGAUCGUGAAAAAGUACAAGAAUGAAAAGGAGAAGAAUGAAGAGGAGAAGAGCAAGCAGGAGCCUACGGUAACGAAGGAUAUCACCACUGAGGUGCAAGGUCUCGGUUGGACAGAGCUUCAAGCUGGAGGUGGUUAUGGAGGUCCUCCUAACAAUAACAACAACAACAACAACGAUAAAGACAAGGAUAGAGACGAAGAUGAAGAAAAGAAGAAAAAGGAGGAAGAGGAAGAGGACGAGAAGAUUGAUGAGAAGCUAGAGGAAGAAGAGCCAAAGUCAAGCUUUCGUGAAAGUCUUGAAAAACUAGGCCGCUUCCUCUUUAAAUGCCUCGAGACAAUUGGCAUCACGCUCAGUUCGGUUGGAAUCCUCGCCCUUUCCGGCUACAUGUACCACCAGAUCUACAACCACCAGGUUUUGGAGAAAAUGGGUACCGCUUUUGAAAGUGGAGACCCAGCUUACCAGCUCGCGGUUCACAAGAAGACUAAUAAACGGCCAGAAUCCGACGACGACGAAAGCAGCGACGAUCUAUCUGCAUUUUGGGUGAACAGGCCUCAGCAGAAAUUGCUUGACGAUAUCGUAUCGGGCAAAAUCAGAGGACGGUACUUCUUGGUUGUAGGCGAGAAGGGCACAGGAAAGACGACUUUGAUUAUGGAGGCGAUGAAGAAGAUAGACGGCCGAAAUGUUGCCAUUUUCGACGCCCAUGCCGAUCCAGAGAUCUUCCGUAUUCGUCUAGGUAGGGCACUCAACUUUGCCUAUUCGGAAGACUACAUUGGCUCAUUGUUUAGUAUGAGGGGACCUCGAGACACAACGGCGCUCUUGGACAUAGAGAGAGCGUUCAACAAGCUUGAAACGCUUGCUAUAGAGAGACGAAUACUGGGUAAAAGCGAUAAGCCGUUGAUCAUGAUCAUCAACAAUCUGCAUUUGAUCAAGGAGAACGAGGAGGGCGUUAAGUUGUUGGAGCUUCUUCAGCAAAAAGCAGAAGGACUCAGUGGCAGUGAGCUUGUGACGAUGAUAUUCAAUUCUGAUGACUACUGGGUUUACGAGAAGCUCAAGCGGUUGGGCACCAGACUUGAAUUGAUCAAUGUCAGAGACUUCAACCGCGACGAAACCGUCAAGGUGCUUCAAUUCAUCAGAGGAAAGUUUUGGCCCAUCUCGAAAUUUCCCGACUACAAGCUCGACAAUGCCGCCUGCAAUAAGAUCUACGAUUUGAUUGGCGGAAGACCUCAGCAUAUCAGUCAGGUUGCCAGGCACAAGGACGUGAUCCUGGCUUGUCAUGAGAUCAUAGACCGAGAAAAGACAUGGUUUCUUAAUCAGUGCGGGCUUCUUGGGGAAGAGAUGGAUGAUGAUGUGAUGGAAUUUGGCAAAUUCGCUACGAGCGCCAUGUUUCUCAUGAGAGCGUUUGUGGAGAUGGACCGCCAGAGAAUGAACACCUUGAUCCAGUCCAAAGGCGAUCCUUGUUUCAGACACAACCACCAUUUGCCUGAACUUCCGUUAUGGAGAGCUCGUCAAAUCAUGACUAGGCCCGAUUUCAUCCAGCAGUACGACAAUCUCAAUAUCUUCACCGUGGACUCUGAUCUGAGAGUGAGAGCAGACUCUGUACCUAUGAUGAGGGCAUUCCACGAAAUCGCAUCCCAGCCGUAUUUCGACGAAUUGCUCGAAAAUACCUCGGAGAGAGUCGAUGCAAUCGAGUCGCUUGGAAGAACCAGGGAGCUUGUUAUGAAGGACUUGGUGCAUGGACAAAGGUUUGAGAUUUUGCGCAAGGGUGAGGGAUUCUCGGUGGCUAUGGACAACAAAGAAAACGACGAAGAGGAGCCCGAAGAGCAGAUGCUUAUGGAAGAGGUGAGUAAAUCCGAGCACCGUAAGAAAUGGUGGGAACGGAGAAUGGGAUCCUUUGAUGAGCUGUAUUUGCCCAAGGAGCCCGAUCCUGGUGAUAGCAAGCAGGGCUAA